AUGCAGGAAACGUCCGUCAUCGCAUCGGUAUCGUUGAUGGCCGGCGCGAUCUCACUGUUUGGAGUGAUGAUAUUUCUUCCACGCCUCUAUUGGGAAAUGGCCGAUCUGCGUGACGAAGUAUUCGAUGCCGUUGGAAGUUUUAAGGCUAGUUCUAAGAAUAUUACUUGCUUGAUUCAUUUUAAAGAAUUUGCGGACCUUCCUGAGUGGUGCCAGUGCGACAUGAUACCACACUGUCCGCCUGGACCACCUGGACCACCUGGACCACCUGGAUUGGCGGGAAUCGCUGGUAUUCCUGGUCCGCCUGGAUUGGACAGCGAAAUUACAGGCGCACAAGUGACGAGUUGCCUACCUCCAAUGGGAUGUGUUAGAUGUCCACCAGGACCACCAGGACCACGUGGACCGGACGGGAUUGCUGGACCACAGGGUACUCCAGGCAUUCCCGGUGCUCCAGCCUUGGGAUAUGGAUUAGGCCGUGGGCUGCCCGGACCUCCUGGACCGCCAGGAGAUCCAGGUAUGGAUGGAAGACCUGGCAUUCCAGGUCCUCCAGGAUUUCCUGGCAGAGAUUCCACCAGCUACUUUAAGAGCCGCGGCCCCCCUGGCCCACCUGGUCCUCCAGGCGCUCCGGGAGUCAUGGGUAUUCCUGGUGCACCGGGAUUCCCCGGAUUAGCCGGACCACCUGGCCCAAUGGGAGAGCCGGGUCCUGAUGGACCAGUCGGUGAGCCUGGAGCAGAUGGCAUUGUUGGACGACCAGGUAUUCCGGGAAGGGACGCUGAAUACUGUCCAUGCCCACCACGUACUUCGUAUCUUCAGCAUAGGAAAGCGUAG